AUGGAGCCUCCGGAAGGCGCCCGCCCGGAAGAAAUAGUUAAGGAGAUUGAGGUGCCACUGGCCGCCCUGGAUGCCCCAACCCCUGGGACAGGGGACAGUGGCCACUUGCCCGUGGCCGAGGAGGAGGAGGUGGGAACCCCAAUACCGGCACCAGGGUUCCUGCAGGUCACAGAGCGGAGGCAGCCACUCAGCAGUGUGUCCUCCCUCGAGGUGCACUUUGACCUCCUGGACCUCACUGAGCUGACCGACAUGUCCGACCAGGAACUGGCCGAGGUCUUUGCUGACUCCGAUGAUGAGAACCUGACCAGUGAAUCGCCAGCUGGCCUGCACCCACUGCCCCGGGCCGGCUGUCUGCGGUCCCCAUCCUGGACUCGGACCAGGGCCGAGCAGAACCGCGAGAAGCAGCACCUCAGCGACCCUGAGCGGCAGCCAGCGAUUGUGGACACGUUUCUCACUGUGGAGAGGCCCAAAGAGAACUAG